AAAUAAUAUUUAUCAUAAAAAUCGUCUCCAGCCAUCGCUGGCUUGGGAUGUCCCACUGGGGUUUCCAGUUUGUCUCAGGCUACUUCUUGCCCUAAAGAAACUACCGCCUCUUCUCUUCAGUUGUCAUUCCUCUUCCUGUUUCGGGCGGUAGAAGGUCGAAAUGGCGCCAACAAGCAAAACAUCCACAGCAGCUGUGUUAGCGCUGAUUGUAACGGUUUUCGCUGCUCGGCUAGAGGGCGCCCCCCACUCUCCAGACAGCGAACCUACCCUGGGGCUAGGACUCGAAGCGCCUACUAAUGAAGAAGGCACUCCAGCUGUAGAUCGCUUAAAUGACUACGAUGACGCCUACUACGUUGACGUUAACGACUCUGGAUCCAGAUACAGGGAUCCCUGCUCUUUCAGAGAUAUCUGUGAGACGUUGAUCAGCGUCGACGACAAGAAAAACCAUCGCGUGCAAGAUAGCAACUUCGUCAUAUCUUCCAACCCACCCAAAGUUCAAGCCACGAAGACGUCAGAUCUCUACAAAUUCUCAAUAGACGACCUGAUCGUCGACUGCAACGACAUGCUGAUCAAAUGCGCCUGGCAGGGAAGUCGAAAAGUAUCCACUGGGGACAACAAUGCUGAGCGAGAGGCUGAGACUGAAUAAGCUGUGAAUUCUCUUUUUUUUAAUGUUUUUUUAACAUUUAUUUGACUUGAUUCGAUAGUCUGAUGGGUUAUUUUGCUCUUGGAGUUGCAUUAUUCAAUACUGAUACCUAUAUUGUGGUGUAGAAUAAGCCCCUCUUUAGAACGAUUUCGUUUUAAGGGUUUCUUGAGCACUUCUGGUUUGGUUUGAUCUAUAUAGAUAUUGUUUUUAAAAGCUGUGGUAUUCAAUAUUGAUACCUAUUGUGGUGUAGAAUAAACCCCACUUUCGAACGACUUCGUUUUAAGGGUAUCUUGAACACUUCUGGUUUGGUCUAAUCUAUAUAGAUAUUAUUUAUAUGUAUACUAAACUUGCGCUAAUUAUGGAAUAUUUCGUUGUAUUGAUAGCUUUAAGGCUUCUCCUUAGUUCUCAUGGGCAUACUCCCACAAACAGGACAAUCAAGGGUAUUCAAGUUCUAAGAAAUCAUUUGAUAUCCACAUCAGAAUUAAACAUGGCCUUUUUUCUUAAUGACCUUAAAUUUUGGGGUGUUUCUUGCAUUUAAGCAGACAUUAUGUCAGGUAGUUUGCUUUAAAGGUAUCAGGCAUUUAGGUACUCUCUCUUUGCUUUAUAUUUGAUCUUAUUCUACUUUUUUGGUUUUCGUACCUUGGGAUGUCGCCUGCUAAUUAAUUUUAGCAAAUGGGUCUUUCACUAUUAUCAUUAUUAUUAUCAUUAUUAUUCAAUGAAGGAAGUCUCCGGGAGAACGGGAAGUUGUGCAACAAAAAUAUCGUAACUUUAGAUAAAGUUAUCAAAUAUAUUAUUAAAAUGGAAACGAC